AUGGCUAAUAAAGCAACGGACACGGAUGCUCUCGUGCAAUCCACCAAAUUUAAUUGGUCAUCUUUAUCAAAUAAAGCUAAGGCAAAACAGAAAGAAACAGGUAUAAAAGUUAAAGAUUCUGACAAAUAUGAUAGUGGAGCCGUUAAUGAUGCUCUAAUAGAGGACAUUUCCAACCCUGACAAGGUAGGUGGGACUACGAAAGAUAUGGAGAAAGUGCGCAAAGGUAAUAGGAAAGCUGAGGCUACUGUUGCUUCCGACAGUACACUAUCUAAUAAUGGAAAAGUUUAUCAUAAUAGUGAGGAGAACAUGCCUCCUGUAUCAAAUGGAGUAGUUUCAGGGUGGUGGCUAUGGUCUUCGAAUUCAAAGGAGCCAGUGGAAGACACAUCUAACCAAAUAGAAGCAAAUAGGGUCGACAGCUGGACUGAUUGGAUAUCUCCUUACAGGAAUGCUGCCACAGAUUAUGUGUAUCUGAAGACAUCAGUUAACGAAAGGAAAGAUCAUCAAGGGACGGAAGCACCAAUUGAGUCCAACUCGCUUGGACCCCAAAAUAGAGAUACCCCAGAGAGCCAUUCAACUCAACCAGUAAAAAGCAGUUGGUUUACAUGGUGGUUUUUAAAUAGUUAUUCCACAGUCGAAAGUGUUGACGAUAACGACUCCUUAAUUAAAAGUGCUAAGGCAUUCAUAGAGACUUCUAAAGAUAAUUCGCACUAUGCAUUCAAGUCAUCCAUCACUGACCCCAAGUCGAGAGAUUUUAUGCUAGCAGUCAGUGAUACGCAUACAGAGAAACAACCAGUGAGAUACAAUUUAAAAAAGCGACCUCUUACUCCAAACGAAGUUCAAGAAAGGACGUUGAAACAACCAUUCACGAAUGGUCCUGCAAAGCUCAACGAUCAAAACAGCAAUAAAGCAUAUCCUAAAGAUGUGCCUCCAGAAUUUGUAUUUCCCCAUUUAGAGGAAAACUUUAGACAUAUCACCUUAAGAACAAGGCUAAGGCUAAUUGGUGAGAGCUUUUUAUAUAAGAACAAUACCUCGGAAUCACAUCUAUACAGAUCUAAGGACUCAAAGAUACGCAACCGAGCAAAAGAUCAUCUAAAAAAAGUAGUGAUAGUUGGAGUUCAUGGAUUUUUACCGAUAAAAAUGGUCAAGACGUUGAUUGGACAUUCGACUGGACAUUCCAUAAAAUUCGUAAAAGAGGCUACGGAAGCAUUUAGAAAGUGGCAAAGUAUGAAUUCUGAAAAUGAUUUACAUGAUUGUGACAUUCAAACAAUCGCAUUAGAAGGUGAAGGUAAGAUCGAGGAAAGGGUAUCAAAAUUGCUAAAAUUAUUGGAAAACUGGAUAGAUAUCAUUUUGGAAUGUGAUUUUCUUUUUUUUGUAUCACAUUCACAGGGUACUCCCGUUGCUAUCCAAUUACUAGCCGAACUUAUCACCAAGCAUAGCAUAUAUAAUAAAAAGAUAGGUUUACUAGGAAUGUCUGGUAUAUUGUGCGGGCCCCUCGCAGGCUUGGAUUCAAAACUAGUUAUCCGUGCUUAUUCUACUACGGAAAAUGAAAUCAUGAACGAGCUAUUUGAGUAUCAAAAACCAACGAGCCAUUUGUCUAUGAAACUUAGAGAAAGCAUGCAAAUACUUACGAGAAAUAAUGUUAAAAUAACAUUAAGUGGGGCUGUGAAUGAUCAAUGGAUUCCCAUCUUCUCGUCUCUUGGUUAUAAUUUCGACCAUCCGAAUAUAUUCAGGUUCUUAUAUGUCGAUGAGUCUAGCAAUGUUCCUGAAUUCAUCAUAUCCCUUUUAAAGGUAAUAGCUAUUAUGAGAAAUAUGGGAUAUCAGGACCAUAAUCUUGUUAGAGAUUUGAGUAAUCGAUGUAUGGGUACUAUUCAAGACGGCGGCCACUGCAAAAUAUACCAAGAUCAAGAGGUUUAUCUAACAGCAAUUAAGCACAGCUUGGAGACAACAUCUUUGUAUCGUCGCAGAGAUUUGACCUACAUUCCUAUAAUCAAUGUCAAAGCUUCGGUAAAUUUAUUCUCGUUGCCCUGGAACUUCCGAGGCUUGAUACACGAUCUAAUGACAGUCAGAAACAUUUCCAAUGUGAGGCUUGUGGCCCGGCUUUUGCAUGACUUCAAUUCUUGGAGUCCUACAAAACACUGGAAAGAGUUGAAAUACUGCUUCAGUGCUCUAGAAGGUAUAGAAUUCGAAGAGUUAGUACUAUAG